AUGACAAAAAAAAACAACACGAGAGACAAUAUUCAAGGACUUCCAGGAUUUCGAGUUGGUGCCAUUUAUUCCAACGACGAUAGGGUCGUCUCUGCAGCCACAAAAAUGUCUAGUUUUGGAUUAGUUUCAUCUAAAACUCAAUACCUUCUUUCUGCUUUGCUAUCAGACAAAAAAUUCACGAAAAAUUACGUGUCUGAAAAUCAAAAGAGGCUGAAAAAACGUCAUGAAAUGCUAGUUGGUGGUCUUAAACAAAUUGGAAUAAGAUGCCUUGAGAGCAAUGCUGGAUUGUUUUGUUGGGUGGAUAUGAGAUAUCUUUUAAGUUCAAACACAUUUGAUGGAGAAAUGGAAUUAUGGAAGAAAAUAGUGUACGAAGUAGGGCUAAAUAUUUCACCUGGAUCGUCAUGUCAUUGUACAGAACCGGGUUGGUUUCGUGCAUGUUUUGCUAACACGUCAGAAGAUACGUUAAAUAUCGCCAUACAACGUUUGAAGGCUUUUGUUGAUUCAAGGGUUAAUAACAAGGAUGAUAUUCAAAAUCAGCAGCGUUCUAAUAAGAAGAAGUCAUUUUCCAAGUGGGUUUUUCGACUAUCGUUCAAUGAACGUCAAAGAGAACGAUAGUCUAGACAUAUGAAAG